ACUAAUAUUAACCGAAUCAGUGAAUGUGAAGUUAUUCGUGGGGCUCCAUCAUGCGCACAUGUUUAACCGCAACUGCUAUCAGUGACGCAAUGUAUUCGUAACGUAACCUGGGAAGAUGGUCUCGCGACGAACUCAUCAUUCAGAACAAUGCAUUCGCGGCCAUACGGCCGGCUACAGUUGCAAACGCUGGAUACCGUCGAUCAGGGAGCAGAAUAUGUACGCCAAAGUGGGAUUGGCUUUAUAUUUCAGGUUGUGCCUUUUGUUCGUUCCUGCCAUGGGUGGAUCAAAAUUAUGCGGGUACGAGUCUUGCACGCCCAAUACUGCUGGGUAUAUCAACGUCCACAUCAUCAGCCACAGCCACAAUGAUGUCGGCUGGACAGAAACAGCGGAGUCACUCUACAAUGAAUAUGUGCUGGACAUCUACAACAGUCUCACAAACUCGCUGACCAAAAAUCCCGAGAGGAAGUACUCGGCAGCGGAAAUGGCGUAUUUUAUGCGUUGGUGGGAGGAACAGCUGCCACCCAAGAAGAUCACUGUGCGCAAUCUCAUACAGCAAGGCCAGUUGCAGUUCGUGGGUGGGGGAUGGGUCCAGAACGACGAAGCGACGACGCAUUACACUUCAAUGCUGGAUCAAAUGACUUUGGGCUUGACUUGGCUCAACGACACCUUCGGUGAAUGUGGACGCCCCCUGGUUGCUUGGCAAAUCGACACGUACGGACAUUCCAGGGAGCAGGCUGCAUUUUUCGCACAGAUGGGCUUUAAUGGCGUGUUUCUGGGUAGAGUGGAUCACGAAGACAAAGCACAACGACAGAAGAAGCGGUCUCUCGAAUUUCUUUGGAAGGCAGACAGGAACCUAGGUGUGGAUGCUGAUAUAUUCUCCAUUAUUCUCCCCAACGUAUACAUGCCUCCGAAAGGGUUUUGCUUCGACAAGUACAGCUGCACGACUGAUGUGGAUGUACUGCCAUACAACUCGCGAAGUAAAGCCCGCCAGUUCAUAGCUGCAGUGCAAGAAUAUGCAAAGUUCUACAACACGAACAAUGUGCCUGUUACAAUGGGAGGUGACUUGGCCUACACUACGGCCGAAUCCUGGUUUUCAAAUCUGGACCGGCUGAUCGACGCCGCUAAUAAAGAGGCCACCAAAUCAGGCAUCAAACUUAUGUGCUACUAUUCCUCCCCUGCCUGCUACCUGAACGCCGUGCACAACGCCAGCAAAUCAUGGCCCGUUUACACGGAAGACAUGUUCCCGUACGCAGACAGGGCUGACCAUUAUUGGACUGGCUACUACAGCAGCAGACCUGCCCUCAAACGUUACAUCAGAUACAGCACCGCAUUCCUAUUGGCCUGCAAGCAGCUUGCCACAAUAGGUGGUGUCCGGUCACCGUUCAAGAAGUUCAGGAGAGCUGUGGCGACAGCGCAGCAUCAUGAUGCCAUAACGGGUACAAGCGCCGAGAAGGUGGCACAAGAUUACGCUAAACUUCUGGGAAACGACAUCAUUCAGUGUGAGAAGGUGAUCAGCGAUGGCCUCGAAAACCUGAUGUGGGUGAACCCCGAUAGCACCAGUGUGGCGCUGCAGUUCUGCCACAGGCUGAACGAAACCAUCUGCUUUCUUACGGAGAACGAAGACCGCUUCAUUGUGAUAGCGUACAAUUCACUCGGUCGAAGAAUCAAGCACAAUUUUCGACUGCCUGUACCGUACGAUGAAACGUACACGGUGACGGGAAGUGCUAACGGGUCCUACGCGACGCAGAUUAUUUCACUGGUUAACACAGUGCUGGAGCUGCCAACGAAAACCACCAUGACGAACGACCUCGUAUUCCAAGCUGAACUACCUGCCAUGGGCGCCAGUGCUUUCUACAUCCAAAGGCAAACACAAAGUACAGAAUUCAGAGACAACUACAACUUAUUCAAGCUGGAACUCGAGGAAUCGUUUAUAGAGAAUGAGAAAUACCGGCUUGUUGUUGACCUCAGCUCCGGGCUACUCAGAGAAGUUGUCCUUCUGGAAAAGAGCGAAGUGCUCCCUUUGCGCCAGUCAUUCUUCUGCUACGAAACUCCUCCAACAUCGUCCAAAGUGACCCGCGGCACAUCUUCGGGAGCCUUCGUAUUCGGUCCGCCCAACAACACCGCUUACGACUUGGGCACGCACGUUGCCUAUAGAAUAAUCAAGGGCGCUAUCGUGCAGGAGAUCCAACAGGUGUUCACUUCCUGGAUUACACAAGUGAUUCGCCUAUACAAGGGGCAGGACUGGAUUGAGUUUGAAUGGAUGAUAGGGCCCAUCCCUAUUGAGAGCAGACGGUACGGUGCCGUGGGACGUGAAGUGGUAUCUAGAUUCACCAGUAAUCUACAAAACGACGGCAUCUUCUUCACAGAUUCUAACGGCCGAAGCACUGUAAAGCGGAGACGAAGCAGACAAAGCUUUGCGCAGAGCUCAGAAAGUUUCAGGGUCACUUCGCCCAACUACUAUCCCGUCACUUCCUGGAUAUAUAUAAAGGACCUCGUUCGGAGCCUGCAGUUUACCGUGCUUCCAGACUUACCGGAAGGCGGUUCCAGUUUGCAAGACGGAGAAGUGGAGUUGAUGGUGCAUCGCCGUCUGGUGACUGACGAUGAAUGCGGUCUUCGAGAGAUACUGAAUGACACCUCCAUAGUGAAAGGUCGUCACCUAGUCCACAUCGGUCAACUUCCUUGGCAUACGCUUCGAUAUGAGGCUCUCAGACUGGUAUACAGCCCUGUCCUCACCUACACUAAGGCAGCGGGCAAUGGAAUGGAAGGCAUGCUUACUUCUGGCAACUUUUCAGGUCUGCGCCAGGAGCUCCCACUGAACGUGCAUCUCCUGACUCUGGAUCCGGUGCCACCAUCAAGGGUCCUUCUUCGACUGGAGAACUUGUAUACAGGGCAGGAAGAAAACGACCAUGGCGACAAAGCACGCUUCUCAGUUACGUACCUCCUGAAGAACUUUGUGCUGCAAGACAUCAAGGAAACUAGCCUUUCUGGCCAUUUGUUCAAGGAUGAAAUGGAACCGCUCACUUGGUACCAGAUUCAAACCAGUACCGGCGUGGUUGCAGAGAGCAAAGAUCAGCAGAAUUCCUCACCAAGUGGGCCAGACAAUGUCGUCAUUACGCUCAAAAGAGGGGAGAUACGAACGUACCAGGCAACACUGGUUCAAAAGCUCUAGCAUGUGAUGUACAAAACGUAGGGCAGGAAAAUAUGGAAGAAGAGACUGGAAGAGGCACCCUAUUAUAUACUGUAGUACACAGUUUAUGGAUA